UGGAGAAAGAUUUGAGUCUUAAUAAUUACUUUUUUUAAAGCUAUUUCUCUGUAGUCUGAACUGCUUAAUAAAUUGGGCCACUUACCAAUGAGCCACACAGCCAGUUCCUGUCAGGAACUGGUUGAAAACUGUGCUGUGCUUGUAGCAGGGAUGGCACAGGAAGAUAGCCGUCGUGGUCAAGUGCCAUCUACCUUUUAUCAUGGUGCCAACCAAGAGCUUGACCUGUCCACCAAAGUGUACAAAAGGGAAUCAGGAAGUCCUUAUUCCGUGUUAGUGGACACCAAGAUGAGCAAACCACAUCUCCAUGAAACAGAGGAGCAGCCAUAUUUCAGGGAGACAAGAGCAGUGUCUGAUGUGCAUGCUGUUAAAGAAGACCGGGAGAAUUCUGAUGACACUGAAGAGGAGGAGGAAGAGGAAGAAGUCUCUUACAAAAGGGAGCAGAUCAUAGUGGAGGUAAACCUUAAUAAUCAAACAUUAAAUGUAUCUAAAGGGGAAAAGGGUGUCUCUUCUCAGUCCAAAGAGACUCCUGUUCUUAAGACAAGCAGUGAGGAGGAAGAGGAAGAGAGUGAGGAAGAGGCCACAGAUGACAGCAAUGACUAUGGAGGGAACGAAAGGCAGAAGAAAAAGGAGAAGAUAGUGGAGAAAGUCAGCGUUACACAAAGGAGAACCAGGAGAGCUGCCUCUGUUGCUGCAGCUGCCACUUCCCCUACUCCCAGAACUACAAGAAGUCGUAGGAAGAGUGUAGAGCCACCUAAGCGUAAGAAGCGGGCCACAAAGGAGCCCAAAGCACCAGUCCAGAAAGCUAAGUGUGAAGAGAAAGAGACUCUGACCUGUGAGAAGUGCCCCAGGGUGUUUAAUACUCGCUGGUACCUGGAGAAGCACAUGAACGUUACUCAUAGGCGCAUGCAGAUUUGUGAUAAAUGUGGCAAGAAGUUUGUCCUGGAAAGUGAGCUGUCCCUUCACCAGCAAACAGACUGUGAAAAAAACAUUCAGUGUGUUUCCUGUAACAAAUCAUUCAAGAAACUCUGGUCCCUUCAUGAACAUAUCAAGAUUGUCCAUGGAUAUGCAGAAAAGAAAUUUUCCUGUGAAAUUUGUGAAAAGAAAUUCUAUACCAUGGCUCAUGUGCGGAAACACAUGGUUGCACACACAAAAGACAUGCCAUUUACAUGUGAAACCUGUGGAAAAUCAUUUAAACGCAGUAUGUCACUCAAGGUGCACUCCUUGCAGCAUUCUGGAGAGAAGCCCUUCAGAUGCGAGAACUGUGACGAAAGGUUUCAAUACAAGUACCAGCUACGCUCCCACAUGAGCAUCCACAUUGGGCACAAACAGUUCAUGUGCCAGUGGUGUGGCAAGGAUUUCAACAUGAAGCAGUACUUCGACGAACACAUGAAAACACACACUGGAGAGAAACCCUUUAUCUGUGAAAUCUGUGGCAAAAGCUUCACCAGCCGCCCCAACAUGAAGAGGCACCGCAGAACUCACACAGGCGAGAAGCCCUAUCCAUGUGAUGUGUGUGGCCAGCGGUUCCGCUUCUCCAACAUGCUUAAGGCCCACAAGGAGAAGUGCUUUCGAGUGACCAGCCCUGUGAAUAUGCCGCCUGCUGUCCAGAUACCACUUACAACUUCCCCAGCCACCCCUAUUCCUUCUGUGGUGAACACAACCACAACCCCAGCCCCUCCGAUCAGUAUGAACCCUGUAAGCACUCUUCCCCCUCGGCCCAUUCCCCACCCCUUCUCGCACCUUCACAUCCACCCACACCCUCACCACCCACACCACCUUCCUAUCCCUCCAGUCCCUCACCUCCCCCCACCUCCAGCUCUCUUUAAGAGUGAGCCUUUAAAUCAUAGAGGCCAGAGUGAGGACAACUUUCUGCGGCACCUGGCAGAGAAGAACAGUUCAGCACAGCAUCAUUAACAUCCGUCUCCUUAAGUGUGUUCUCCAGCAGUUUUGUUCCCAUGUCUGUUUACAGAGAGGGAGUUGGGAGCAUUUCUGUAGUUCUCAGGCUCUCCUCAGCCUCCACCAAGAGCUUUGUUAUUGUCUUGGUGAAUCAACAGAUCCAAGGGAAUGAAUAAGAAGACUACCUUAAGCUCACAGAGGGAACUGUCAUCUAAAUCAGGGGAACCACCGAACUAAAGCCCAGUUUGCUUGCAUUUUCUGAUGACUUUUAUAAAUUUCGAAUACUCAGACUUGUGGAAUUUUAUAAUUUCAUAUCAGCUGAUGAGGUAUGCUUGCUUUUAUAUCUUGGACUUCUCCUCAAAGAGGGGUAGGCCUGGUUUCCUUUGUACUAAUCGGGAAGGCUGUGAGAUUAAUCCAGAGCAUUAAUUGUAUCACUGUGUAUCGUAAUGAAUUUUUUCACCUUUUGGUGCUGGCUACAAAGUUGAGCUGGCCGUGUUUCACAGUAUAUCAAGCAUUAUAGAGAAAGAUGGGAAUUUCCUUCUUUGUGUAGCUCUCCUAACGCACUCUUUAUUUUACUACAGAAAUUAUUUUAGA